UUUCCCUUAUCCACCACAACCCCCUCCCUUUUCCUCUCCUACAUCAGCCUCUGUCAGCUGCACAUCCAUGGAACUAGUGUUAUACAGAGCUUAGACUUCACAGGGAGAGAGAGAAUGGGAGUCUUGGACCGGUAACAGAGGUCUUCUUGUCUAACCAGAAGAAUUAAAGUUGCAGAGGCUAUUUACAGGAAACCUUAAAAGUAAAAAAGGAGUAGUACUCAUUUCUGGAAGCUGUUUAACCAUUGAGAUUCUUCAUAUGUUUGCUUCCAAGCUGAGCCAUUGCUAUGCCUUAUUGGUCUUAACUGCACUGUUUGCAAAGGAUUCAAAGUCAUCCUGGUGGGGUUUAAGGACAUGACCAGAAGAGGCAGUGGAUACUUUUUUUCUUCUUGUCAUCAGUAUGAGAAGUGGAGCAGGGGUCUUCCACAAAGUGAAAGUGAUUAGGCUGGUUGAGUCCUAAGCUGUGUUUUUGGAGACUAGGUUGUUGGGUGCUUUGACUUACCAGCUGGGUGGGGGUUGUGACUUGCCAUCUGGGUGGGAGCUGUUUGGAGCCAGCUUGGAGCAAGAUCUGAGGAUUCAAUUGGGUGUUGACUGUGUGAAUCCAGCUGGGUGGUAGCUCUGGGAAUCCAGCUGUGUGUGAGCUCUGUGAGAUCCAACUGGGUGUGAGCGGCGUGAAUCCAGCUGCUGGCUCUGUGGAUCCAGCUGGGUAGGGGCUCUGUGGAUCCAGCUGGGUAGGAACUCUGUGGAUCCAGCUGGAGCUGUGAGAGGUCAGCUUUAAAGAAGAUCUUGAGUUAGCGCAAACUUGGGUCCACCAAGGUGUGACUUCUGUGUAGACCAGUAGCUGGUGGUGCUGGACCUUGGAUACAGGAGAUAAUAUCACGCAUUCGCUUGAACUGCCAUUCCUAAGGUGGAUUGCCCUCUCUGCCUUCCUGGGUAGGGAGGGGGCAAGAGUUGCACAUCAGGGCAGUAAGCUCCUGGCUUCACAAGGAUGCUGGUAGGAAAUGCCUGAAGACAAAGAACGUGAGACCUGUCUGAAAGCGGUCAAACUGGUGGUGGACCUGUGCUCCAGUGGAUUUCUGGAAAACGAAGAGUGCUUGGACUUUGUCCACUACCUGAGGGAUCAAAGCAGGCCUCGGGCAACCGACUCAGAUGUCUCGGUGAGUUUGCUGUCACUACUGGUCACAGCCUGUGGAUUGGCCCUUUUUGGUGUAUCUCUGUUUGUGUCCUGGAAACUUUGUUGGGUUCCUUGGCGAGAACGUGGCUUCAAAGGAAGCAAGGAACACGAACACUUAAACUACGCCGAUAGUGACACUAAUGAGCAUGACUACAGUGACAAUUAUCUGGGACAAGCCCCACUCUUUCCGGAGUCAUCGAUGAAGAUCAGUCAUACCUCUCCUGAUAUCCCAUUAGAAGCCAAGACUGGUGCCAAGGAGAACUGUGUACACAAUGCCCGCAUGCAUCGUCAAAUCACGGAACCAACAUCUUCUGCUCGGCACAACUCGAUAAGAAGACAACUAAAUCUUUCAAAUCCAGAUUUCAACAUCCAGCAAUUUCAAAAGCAAGAACAGCUAACUGGGAUUGGACGUAUAAAGCCCGAACUGUAUAAGCAAAGAUCAGUGGAAACCGACGAUGGUCGCAGAAACAAUAGCAAGUCUUGUGGUAAACUCAAUUUCAUCCUUAAAUAUGAUUGUGAUUUGGAAAAACUUAUAGUCAAGAUCCAUAAGGCUGUUGGACUGCCGGCAAAAGAUUUCUCAGGCACGUCAGAUCCAUACGUCAAAAUUUAUUUACUUCCCGAUCGGAAAACAAAACAUCAGACUAAGGUCCAUCGGAAAACACUGAAUCCAGUGUUUGAUGAAGUUUUUUUAUUCCCUGUUCCUUAUAACGAGUUAGCGACAAGAAAACUCCAUUUCUCAGUAUAUGACUUUGACAGGUUCUCAAGACAUGAUGUGAUUGGUCAAGUCAUACUGGACAAUUUUUUAGACUUGGCAGAUUUUCCCAGGGAGAGCAACAUCUGGAGAGAUAUUGAGCAUGUCACUAAUGAUAACGUCGACCUUGGCGACUUGAUGUUUUCUCUCUGCUAUCUGCCUACAGCGGGAAGACUAACAAUCACCAUAAUAAAGGCUAGAAAUCUCAAGGCAAUGGAUAUAACAGGGGCAUCUGAUCCCUACGUGAAGGUUUCUAUAAUGUGCGAGGGAAGGAGGUUGAAAAAACGAAAAACCUCAACGAAGAGGAAUACGCUAAAUCCAGUUUACAACGAAGCCAUAGUAUUUGAUGUCCCACCAGAAAAUAUAGAUCAAAUCAGUUUAUUGAUAGCAGUAAUGGAUUACGACCGUGUAGGUCACAAUGAGGUCAUCGGCGUAUGUCAAGUAGGGAACGAUGCCGAGAGCCUAGGACGGGAACACUGGAAUGAAAUGUUAUCCUAUCCAAGAAAACCUAUAGCGCACUGGCAUCCACUUGUUGAGUGGUCUUCUCAAACAGCACCGACCGGCAACGGGUCAUGCAAUUCUCUAAAAGGUCCACCAUCACCAUGAAGAGAGAGUAGUGAAAUGGGACCCUAAGAUAUCAGAGAAGUUGGUGGAGUAGAACACCAUGGAGCGCUGUCGUCAUGCGCUGCCUACGUCUUUCCACACCAGUGAGCGAGAGGCGAGCUAGCAGGAUCUAUGUGGGUUUUUUAUGUUUCUUUUAUUUUCUCAACAGCUUUCCUUUCAGGCUUAUACAGACAUCACUAGAGUUGGAAUGUUUCUUUGAAUGGCAUGCUGGUUAAAUACACAUAGGUACCUUCCUCAUACGACAUAACUCUUGUUAUGAUCAAUGUUUUUUUCCGAUAUAAUAUUACUUUAAGCCACAUCCAUAUGUAAACAUUAUUCUUUCCUAUUUCUUCGACGGUAUGUUUAGUUGAGUAUAAAGUCCUGACAUGUCAUGUUUUCAUGAACGUAAUUCCUUGUUGCAACCCCUUGACAGAUGUUCUUUGUCACUGCUAGGAGAGAACGAUUGCACCAUCUUCUGGCACCGAAAGCUUGUUCUAAAAUACUGUAUUGUGGGUGGUGCAUGUCUCUUUUGUCAUUCAUGAUAUGAAAGGAUAUAUACCUUUACAACUUUCCUAAUUUUAUACAAAGCGUACAUCUUAUAAACACAAAGUAAAGUGUCCUGUGUUUAAUUUAUGUAGC